AUGAAACCAAAAAGAUCAACUUCUGCUCAUAUCACAUUAAAUGCAUAAUUAAUCAAAUAAAAUUCACCUCCUUCUCCUAUUAAAAAUAAACUCUAAGAAAUUAAUGAUAAAAUCAACCAGAUGUUUAUCAAAGCUAAAAAUCCAAAUGAAUAAAUAAAACAUAUUGAAAGUCAUUUAUAAUAACAGUUUCAAAGUUCAAAAAUAUUAUCAAAUAUUACUAAAGAGAAAUCUAAAUUAUUAUAAUAAAUAACUUCAAAAGAUGGCAAAAUAAAAGAAUAAGAAUAAAAGAUUAAUGAGUUAAAUUAACAAAAUUAAUAUUUGAAAUAAUAGUUAGAAUAAUAUCAAUAAAUCUCAGUCGAAAUGGAAUAAUUAGAAUAAUAUUGCUCUAAAAUAGUUUAAGAAAAUUAAUAACAAAAACAAUAAGUUUAUUAGUUAUAGACUUCCUUUAGUUUUUUAUAAUCUAGCAACCUUAUAGCUUUAGGAUAAGAAAUUGAUCAAUAAAUUUAGACUUUAAAUAAAUCGCUUUCUAAAUGUUUUAAAUUAUUAGAAUAUUCAUGUAAACAAGAAUUUGAUGAUUUACAAGCAUUAAUAAAAAUUAAUUCCACAAAUAAUUCAUAACAUAAAUAGGAAGGGAAUUUGUAUACAAUACUUAAGGAAUCUUUGGAAUAAUUAAAAAGAUUAAUCUAUGAGACUGAUAAAUAAUUUGAUUUAAAUUAUAAAAAGGUGACUAGUAAUGUAUUUUAUUCUUAUAAUUAUUGA